AUGAUAAAAAGAAUAACGGAAGACAUAAAUAACUCCCCUAAGAAUCGUCACGCGCAUCUGCCGGUUUCGGUAUUGUUAGCCACGCGGCCUUCAUCAAUAAACAACAAACCAACGCCGCAUCACAAAGACCCAACAGAAUAUGCAAACGCCCCUCCGGAAUAUCUGGCAGUUCCCGAUGAAGAGGGUUUGAUAGCAUUGAGUGCUGCGCCGCUGCAGAAGCUGCUGCUGCUGCUGCAGCAGCAGCAGCAGCAGUGCAGGGCGAGCAGCAGCAGCUUGCUGCGGGUCCCUACUCCCUGCACCGUAACGAUGCCUCGCUCUACAGCAGCAGCAGCAGCAGCAGUUGCUGCUGCUGUUGCUGCAAGCAGCCCGGAGGAAGCAGCAGCAGCAGCAGCUGCUGCCGCUCCCGCCGUGAAAGAAGAAGCAGCAGCGUAUGCAGCAGCACUGCGAUCUGCUGCUGAAGCUGCUGCAGCUGACGCAGCAGCAGCUGCUGCUGCACACUUUCCUGAUGCAGCUCCUGGAGAGGGAAUUGCUGCUGCUGCUGCUGCUGCUCUCGACACGCCAGCAGCACAGAAGCUGCAGCAGCUGGCGAAGCAGCCGCAGCUUCAUCAUCUACUGCAGCAGCUGCAGCAACUAGCAGAGACCAACCGCCUGCAUCAGCAGCAACCGCAGCAGCAGCAGCAGCAGCAACCACAGCAACCGCAGCAGCAACAGCAGCAGCAACCACAGCAACAGCAGCAGCAGCAGCAACUGCAGCAGCAGCAUGGUUUGUUUGUCUGCCAUAUGCCGACAAUCAAGGAGCAACAGCAGCAGCAGCAGCACCUGGAGCAGCAACAGCAGCACCUGGAGCAGCAACAGCAGCAGCACCUGGAGCAGCAACAGCAGCACCUGGAGCAGCAACAGCAGCACAUGGAGCAGCAGCAGCAGCUGCAGCAGCAGCAGCAGCAGACCUUUCAGAGGCUCGUGCUUUGCUGCGCCGCCGUCGUGGCUGAUGGGGUGUCUCCUGAGGUGCUGCUGGAAGAAGGUGGAUUUGAGCGCUACGGGCUGCUGCACAAUUUGCCGAAGACUUCGUUCGUCUUCAGCUACAUCCACAGACACUCUAGACCCUGGCGGCCUCCUGAAGCUGCUGCUGCUGCUGCUGCUACAGCUGCAGCAGCAGCAGCAGCUGCUGCUGCUGCUGCAGCGGAUGAGGGGGAAAAUGAGGGAGACAAGCAGCAGCAAGCCAAGGCCCUUGCUGCUGCUGCAGCAGAAGCCAGGGCUGCCCUUCGUGCCGCUGCUAUACGAAGGCUACAGGAGUUAGGUCUUGUAACAGCUGAAGGGCAGCCUGAGUUGCUGCAGCUACGUGCAAUGCAGGCGGCGCUGCAGCAGCAGCCUUUGCCGUGUCGUCUAUCUGCUGCUGAGCAGCAGCAGCUGCUGCAGCAGCAGCGGCUGCGGCCUCGCUCCCGCUUUACUCGUAUUAUUAACAGAGUCACCACGCAUGCACGUGCUGCUGCAGCAAGCCUCAAUUUGCCUCUCCUUGGAAGCAAACGCUACCGCAAGGAAGCAGCAGCAGCAGCAACUGCUGCUGCUGCUGCUGCUGCCGACAUAACCGAUACAGAGGUUUUUGCAGCCCCCUCCACUGUUCUCAUUCGCGGCCGCCCCUGGCAACAGCAGCAGCAGCAACAGCAGCAGCAGCAACAGCAGCAACAGCAGCAGCAACUGCAGCAGCAGCAGCAGCAGCAGCAGCAGCAACAGGCUGGAGGCCAUGUGGGGUAUUUGAGGGGCCCAAUGGCCCGCGCAGCAACACGCAUGCAAAAGCGGCGGCUGCUGCAGCAGCAGAUGCUGCAGAAGCAGCAGCAAGAGCAGCAGCAGAGGCAGCACCUGCUGGAAGUUGCUGCAGCAGCAGGAGGAGUGUUUGAUGCUUUAGCUGCUGCAGAUUACCCUGAAUAUAAACCCCUAACUAAAGCAGAAGAACUGGAGUUGUUUGUGGAGGCAGAGUACCGACGACAUUUGCUGCUGCGAGAUAUGAAAGAGGGUUUGAAGGCAGCGCUGCAGUCAGGGGCUGCUGCACUCGAGCAGCAGCAACCCUCACGGGGAAGCAGCUUUUCAGCCUUUAUUACUGAGUGGAUGAGGCUCUCGAAGCGUCGGCGGCGGCAGCUGCUGCUGCAGGAGCAACGGGAGCAGCAGCUGCAGCUGCAGCAGCAGCAGCAGCAAGGACGGCGUUCGCUGCGGCGUCAGCAGCAGCAGCAGCAACUUGCUGCAGACCCUCGACGUAUCCUCAGGCAUUUGCGGCGUAAGUUUGACUUGGGGCUGCUCCCCCUGCAGCCGCCUGCUGCUGCUGCUCCUGCGCCUGCUGCUGCUGCUGCUGCAGCUAGCUCUCCGUACACCUCAGCUAGCGACUCCUUCGCUGCAGCUAGCCAACAGCCCCCAGGGGCUUUAGGUGCUGCUGUUGGGGGGUCUUCGUCGGGUUGCAGCAUGCUGCAAAGCGCAAGUAGGCUGCCGCUGCAGCAGCCCCUAAGCAGCAGCAGCAGCAGCAACAGCAGCAGCAGCAGCAGCAGGACGCGCCACUUCGCUUGCCCCAAGGGUUUGCUGUCGGUCCCUACUACGGAUAGACAGCCCAACCGACGCCUGCAGAAGAUGCUGCAGCUCGCUCCUGAGUUGCAGCAGCAGCAGCAGCAACAGCAGCAGCAGCAGAAGCAACAGCAGCAGCAGCCGGAAGAUGUACAGACGCGGCAGGUGCCUGAAGCUGCUGCUGAGGCCUUGGGGUUGGUAGAUUCACACCGCUUUAAAUUUUGUCUCCGUCUCUUCUUUGACUCUAACUUAAACGGGCAAAGUGUUGUUGAGGCCCUCGUUGAGUAA